CAACCUUAGCAAAGAAAUUCCAUUUAACACUUAAAACGUCUUGUUUUGUUUUGUUGGAUUAUAAAUUCUAGAUGUCUUAAAAAUUUGGUUCAGUUUCUGUUUUUUAAUUUUUGCUCUUUCAAGAAACAAAUUCCGUUGUGGAGGUGGAUGUUCCAUGAUCCAGCCCCUACAUAAAGCAGAACAAUGAAUGUGACCUGGCGCCAGGGAGCCGCCUUCGUGGGCCUAUACAUCCUGCUGCUGGCGGUCCUGGUUCGUCCGCAGAUGAACUUCAACAUGUACGUGAAAUCCUUUUUCCUGCGAGCGGACUAUUCCGCGGUGAUGAUGCUGACCUACCGCUUCGAUGCCAACAUGGCCCUAGUUGCUGGACCACUAAGCGCUGUGACUGUGUACGCCCUGACCCAGUGGAACCAGGGCGGGGGCGAAAAUCCCAACGCCCGGAAGAUGAUCAUCACGGCUGUGGUCUGCAGCUAUAUCCUGGUGCUGUCGAUCAACUUCCUGGCCAAUGUGCUGGUGUUGCAGCAGGCGCUGGUCCGCUUCGACCAGUGUCCUCGGCAGGCAUGGUACAUGUACUGCCAGAUUGCUGCCUCCUUUUUCAAGUCGAUAUUGGCAGACUUGCAGACUCUGAUCACCAGACACCACGUCAAACGACCCAAAGUGUCAUAUCGCCUGCGUUAGCCCUGGCGUUCGGAUAGACCACAGAUGAGACAUGGUUUAAAUUAAGUCCUUACUGGCCUUACUACUUAUUAAUCAUUACUUUAUAAUGGAUCAAUACUAGGACAUCUCUGAACGAUUGCCACAAGUUGCGGAAGUGAAAUAAAGAUUAGAAGUGAAAACAGUGUACCAGCCAUAAAAAAUUAAUAUAUUUAUUUGAGACUCGGUUUCAAGCCUGCCUGCUUUAAA